GAUGAAAAGUGUCUUACAAACUCAUUCUUUGAGACAAAUUGUCGGCUAGCUACUCGAUAAUUGCUAUGAAGUUCUAAAGGCCUUUUUGGAACAAGCUAUUCAACAUGAUGAGGUUUCUCCAGAAAACAUCAUUUAAAUAAAUAAAGAUUUAAUGGGGGCUAUAAGCUUCUAUAUUAGCAAUUAUGACUUCAUUUAGGGUAUUUAUCGAUUCUAUGGUGAUAUAAAGAGCAAACUCAUAGCAAUUCUAAAUUUUUGAGGAAUCUAUUAUUCGAAGUGAAGCAUUACAGGAAUAAUUGGGCUCAUUCUAAAGAUUUUACUAUUCGAGAAGUUCAUAGGUUUAUAAAACAAAAGAUUAUUUAGAAUAGCUGACACUAUUUUGUUGAUGUUUGACGAGUUUAGUUUGAAUAUCAAUAAUGAGGUUUAUUUGAUAGUUAAUUAAAUAAGGAUGGAGUCUAUUUAAAUGAUGAGUUUAUAAUUAUAAUAAGCAUAAAAAUAUUGA